UCAAAGCGGCUGAAGAUGGAGGCAGCUUUGCAGGACUCCAAACUGGAGUGUCAGAUUUGUUUCAACGGCUACAGCCCGCGGCGGCGACCCAAACUGCUGGAGUGCCAACACACCUGCUGCUCAGCGUGUCUGACCCAGAUGCGUCUGAGUCACAGAGAGAUCCGAUGCCCGUGGUGUCGGCACGUAACCGACCUCUCCGGCGGACUGUCUGUCUCUCAGCUUCCCGACGACGCGGCUGUGCUGUCUGUCAUCUCUGUCCCACGCCUUCCUGAACACGCUCCCGUUUUCAUCCGACUGCCCGACAAGACCUGCUACGUCCUGCCGCUGAGGACGGACCCAGAGAGGGCGCUGUUGCCUGGCAACGCCGCGCACGGUGGCUUUGCCCCUAAAAACGUUGCUGCGGUGAACGUUGCAGAGGAACGUAUCCCGGUGUUGGGGGAAGACUACAGGGAAGAGGAAGAGGAGGAAGAAGACGCCUCAAAGAGAUCAAUCUGGACAGGGUUAAUCACAGUAAUCCUAGUCGGGCUAAUUUUACUCUUCCUGCUGGGCAUCGUACUCCACAACAUGUCAUGUGUGUCCAAACGCUUCACUAUCAUAACAUGUGGGUAG